AUGGGCAAACAUUCACAAGAAGCAUAUCAAUUAUCCCAAGAGAUAUAUAGUGACAAGUAUACAAAAGAUUCUGCUUGUAGAGUAGCCAUCUAUCUUGCUUUUGAAGGAAUGGAUCUUAAUGAAAUGGUAAAGGAAGUGUUGAAUGUCAAAGCAAAACCUGGUAAAUGUUUGAAGAAGAUUCUUUUGUGUUCGGAGGCAUUAUUACUGAUCAACAUCAAAACAGGAUUCUAUUAUGAGCAAGCAAAUAACUAUUGUCUAUUCUCUUAUUUGUUUCAAAAGAAUUUUUGGUCGAUUCUUCAAACCCAUCAUCUGAAGGAGCUUAAUAAUGAACAGGCAUUUGAAACUAUAAUGUCAAACAUAAAACAAUAUGCCAUGUAUGGAUUAUUGGAUUCAAUGCUUAUCACAUCCCUUAAAGAAGGUUUAUUAAUGAACAUUCAAAGAGAAAAUAAGCUCUAUAUACCAGAGCAAACGAAAAAGAAAGUGUUUGACAUGAUGAACAAGUUACAUUUUGUGAAUUCUCUUCAAAAAACCAAGACUCUCUCUUCUUUGGAAGUGACAAAUGUGCUUCCAUUUUAA